GCCAUUUUACAUUGAAAUGAAAGUUUGACUAACGGCCUACUACAUAGGUGAAAUCAACCUAUCAGUACAACAAGCAUAUCUUUGUAAGGUGUUUUUACUAUUUUGGAUUAAGACAUGAAUUUCGGUGUUCACUUAUGGGAUCAGUAUGAAAACCUUAGUCAAUAUACUGAUAAAGGGAUUAUAUUUUUGGAAGAUAUCAUCAAGUUCCUGAGAGGUAGAAUAAAGAUUGAAAUAGAAUAUGCAAAAGAAUUAAAAAAGCUCGUUAAAAGUCAUAUAUCGACUAAUAAGAAAAAGGAAGAUAGCUAUUAUACAUUUACUCAUGCCACCGCAUUUAUAACUUACAUAAAAGAAAUCAGUGAUGUCGCAGGCCAACAUGACCAAAUUGCCGAAGAGUUAUCAAAGUAUGAAAAGGAUAUGAACAAUAGCAUUAAUACGUAUAAAACGGAAAGAAAAAGACUGUUUAAUAGAGCCCUUAAAGAGCAAGCAGACUUAAGAAAUCAAAUAGCAAAACAUGAUAAAGCAAGAAAAUUGUAUGAAAAAUCAGCUAAAGAAGAGGAAAAAGCUAGGGAGAGAUAUAUUGAAAUGGAGAACGAUGAUCUAAAAACUAAAGCUGAAGUUUAUAAUGCUAAAGGAAUUGCCACUUCCAAGCAACAAAUCUGUGAAUCGUAUAAGACAGAUUAUGCAGCGGAAUUGAAAAAAACAAACGAUAUGCAAAGGACUCAUUAUAGUAUUGUCAUGCCAGAUAUAUACAAUCAUAUACAAAACAUGGAAGAAGGUCGAAUAGAAGAAGUUAAAAAUAGACUAAUCAGUUUUAUGGAGGUUGAAAAAAAAGUAGUACCCAUUUUGCAAAGGUGUAUAGACGGAAUGGAAGCUUGUUGUAAAACGAUAAAUGCCGAAAAGGAUAUUCAAACGGUUAUCGAUUUAUAUAGAAGUGGAUAUACACCUAAUGGAGAUAUCGAGUUUGUUGAAUAUGGUACUUCAACUCCUAAUACUACGAAAAAGAAAAAUAAACUAAAGGCAGCAUCGUUUAUACGAUAUCGGUUUUCUGAACGAGCUUUACGACGAUUAUCCCUGGUCGCACCGCCUCAUCAAAAUGAUAAAAAGGAUGAUCCAUUUUUUACCAAUCUUCCGCCUCUUCAACAGAAAAAAAAAAUAAAUGAAAAAAUUGUCAAUUUUCAGAAAACCUUGUUGAAACUUAACCAAGAGAGGUCUGGUCUUGAAAAAAUGCUUGAAGUUGCUGAAAAAGGGGUUGGAGUUGAAGGUUCGUCAACACCAAAAUCUCAUAUGGGCUUAAGUCAGGACCGUAUGAAUGAAGAGCUAGACAAGAAUAGACAGAAUAUUGAAAAUAUACAAUCAGAAAUUGAAAAAUAUGAAAAUUUUUUAAGAAAUAUUGGUCAUAGCAAAGAGGAGACGAAAAGUCCUAAUUUAAAUAACCAUACGCCGUCAAGCGUUAAAACAACAUCUUUGUAAGUAUAUUUCUAUGCUGUUGAAAUAUUUUUAGGUACCACCUAGAGAUGGCGUUAGAUAUUUUCUUUUGUAAAGUGCCAUCAUUUCCGGUGACAUUUUCAAAACGUAUUUUUGUGUGUAAUGUUUAUAGUGCUUGAUGAAAUAUAUAUUAAUUUCAUGUUUCUAUUAUCAAAGGCCUCCUCCUCCAAAAGAAGAGAUAACACCUACGCAUUCCAUAUCUAAUAACGAUUCUGAUAUGUUUGAGGAGUUUGAAGAAGACUAUUCUGAUUCGAAUCAUAUUGAAGAUUGUAGUUUGGGAAGAGCUACCGCCAAAUACGCUUUUGAGGGUCAAAAUGAAGGUUCUCUUGCUAUUAGGGAUGGUGAAAAAUUACAAAUCAUUGAAGCUGAUACGGGCGAUGGUUGGACAAGAGUAAAAAAUGAUAGUGGCGAAGAUGGAUUUGUACCGACUCUAUACAUAGAAUACGAUUGAAUCAAAAGUUAAUAAUUCAAGAAGUUUUUUUUAUUUCAUAUUUAAAAGAAAAAGACUGGUGCUCUAUUCGUUUUUUGUUAUACGAAAGGCUUCGUGUCUUAAUGUUUCGGACAUUGAAAUACUGCAUUAUUCGUUGUCUCGGUAACACUUCAUUUUUUAAUACUAAUUCUUAAUGAUUUUUUUUAUUAGAUAUUUAAUAUCCAUUUAUUAUAAUACACCGUUAAGUGUUUUCAAGAGAAAAGCUUGAGUUGUAGUAUAACAUUUUGUUUAUAUAUACUAUGUAUAUAUACAUAUAUGUAUAUAUAUUCUAUAUUUCAAAGCUUUCGUCUCGUAUUUUUGUAACUUAAAGGAAGAAUGUCUGUACUAUAACGAGAAAAAAUAUCUUCUAUGUCUAAUAUAAUGUAUGUUUAUUUUUCACCAAUCUUUUUUACUAUGAAGAGAAACUUUCUGAUGUUCUACUCUUUUGUGUUCUUAACUAACAAAAUGUCUAUUCUGCAAGAUGCCUUUGUAGCUUUUGUUUUUUGUUGUCUUAUGAGAAUCUUAUGCAAAUUCUUUUAGAGAAAAAGUGAUAUAGAGAAAGAAAUUUUGUGAAAAUUCAAUAAUAAUUUGAGAUUUGUAAAGAGCGAGAGAAAGAGGGAAAGGAGACGGGAAGGGAGGGGGGAGGUUAGAGUGAAAGAAAAGAAAGAUUGACUUUUGUAGUACUUUAGAAAAAUUAUAUUCUUUUCUUUUUGGAUAUUAAUAUAAAAGAGUAAGAAAUAAAAAACCAUGUUAUCAUGAAUGGAAAUUUUGUCUUUCAAUAGAAAUUUCAAAGGCAACUGAAAGUAAUGAAAAGAAAGUAUUUUAAUAUCAACAAAUUAUGAUCUCUUAAUGGAGUAUAAAUGUAUUAUAUAGUAGAUGCGUUGUAUUAUGUAAUCCUAUAAUUAAUUGGAGUAAACUGUUCUCAAUUCCCUCCGAUUGAUACUUUUGCCUUUUUUAAAAGAAAUUUCUAGAUUUAGAUAUUCUUCAACAUAUUUAUUGAAUAUAUUAACUUCCAGAGGAAGAAUUAAAAUUAAUUAGAUUUUUUUUUUAAUUAAAACUAGUUUUUAGUGCUAAAUUUCUUUUCUUUUUUAUACGAAUCAAAAUAAACUAGAAGAUCAUAUUUAAGUUUUUUCACAUUUUGCGCCUAUUUUAUUACAAGUGGUAAAGGAAAAAAAAGACCAAUAAAAUUGAGCUUUUUGCAUUCGUACUUUAAAACUAUAUUUUCACAAAAUUAUUCAAUGUACACCGUGUCAGGGUGUUUUUUUUUUUUAGAGAAUCGAAUAUCGAAUACGUUUCUUUUUU